AGUCUGAGUAGAUCAGGUGUGUGAGUUACAGAUCUUGGAUUUCUGAAGAUCAGAGUCUCAAGUUGAUUAAGCUUCCGCAAUUACAAAGUGAAGAUGGUUGAUAUGUCUCAAGAAAUUAACAAUGGUGGCCAUGUUACUGAUUUCAGUAAUGGUGGAAAUCCUGGGAACAAUAAUCCCACACCAGCUACGUCAAUGAGUCAAGGAAUGGAUUACAAUCAUCCACUGUUCUUAAGCCCAGCUGACAUUAGUGGAGUUAAUCUCAUUUCGUUUCAACUUGUUGGAAUUGAAAACUAUGUUGUUUGGAGUAGGUCUAUUAGAUUGGCUCUUCUUGGAAGGAACAAGAUUGGGUUGGUGGAUGGUUCAUGUACAAAAGAUGGUGUGUCUCCUGAACUAAGGAAUCAAUGGGAAAGAGUAAAUGCUGUGGUUCUUUCAUGGCUUCUCAAUUCUGUUUCAAAAAGUCUGUUAGGAGGAGUAGCUUUUGCCUCCACUGCUCAAAGUGUUUGGAAUGAUUUGAAGGAAAGAUUUAAUCGAAUGGAUGGAUCAAGAACCUUCAGUCUGCAUAAGGAAAUUGCAACACUGCAGCAAGGUACAGAUUCAGUGUCUGUCUAUUUUACAAAACUUAAGAACUUGUGGGAUGAGUUUGAAGCUCUAGUCCCAUCCCCUGGUUGUAACUGUGAAAGAUCAAGAGGUUUUAUUGAUCAUGUAAAUAGGCAAAAACUCUAUCAAUUCCUUAUGGGAUUGAAUGAAUCAUAUGGACAGGCUAGAAGUCAAAUUCUAUUAAUGAGUCCUAUACCAGGAGUGAACCAGGCGUAUGCUAUGGUUGUCAGUGAUGAGUGUCAAAGAUUUGCUUCUAACAGUAAUAGCAUGGGUAUGAAUUCUAUAAGUAUGUCUGGAGUUGAUCCAUUAGCAAUGUACUCAAGAUCUGGAGGGUCUACCAGUGCACAAGUACCUAACAAGUUCAAGAAAAACUUUGGUAUUGUCUGUGAAUUCUGCAGGUGUAAGGGUCAUACUAAAGAUCAAUGUUACAAGUUAAUUGGAUACCCUCCUGAAUUCAAGUCAAAGAGGAAGGCAGUUAAUGGAGCAGGAAAUACUGCCUACAUGGUGGUGAAUGAAUCCAGUAAUACAAGAAGAGAGGCAUAUGAUGGUGUGUCUGAUAGCUCUACAUCAUUUAACUAUGGAUUUAACACAAAUGUGCCUGGUACAAGUAGCAAGUCAUUUGCUGGGAAUAAUGACGAAGAUGAGUGUGCAACACACCUGCAAGGUUGCACUUUUACCAGAGAGCAAUACAGCCAAAUACUACAAAUGCUUAAGCAGAAUAAAGGGACUGCAAACACAGGAAAUGCAGCUCAAGCUCAUGGAGUUCAGGCUCAUGAAGUUCAGACUAAUGCAGCAGGAGCUUUACACUGGCAAGGUGAAGGCGAUUGGUAAAGAAAGUGACGGGCUGUACUUGCUAUUGAAGAAUCUUACACAGGAUCAGAUAACACACCAGUCUAGUAUGAUGACAGAAAGAAAGG